AUGGAAGAGAUAUUCACAAACGAUAAAAAUGAUAAAUCACAAAUAUCAGCCUAUGUUCAAAAAGCAAAACAAAAAGAGUCAUAUAGUUGUUUUAGUGAAUUAACAUUGGCAAACGUCGAUGCAUAUUUGCAAUCAAAAUAUUUUAGUGGUGUCGAUGAAGAGAUCCGAUUGAGAUGGAAAAUGGUAACAACAAUCACCGAUGUUAGAAUGAAUAUUCAUUAUGUUAGUUUUAAAAAUGAAUAUUUGAAUAAUGAUUUACGACAACACAUUCCUCUGGCGAAACUCAUGUACUUUUAUCUAAUCGAUCGUAAACGCAUGUCUGUAACUGAUAUGUUUUUAUUCGACGAUCUUACACAUCCGAGUCAAAUCGAGCAAGAUCCAACAUGCCUUAACGGUUAUUGUAUUCGUUUCAAUGAUCACCAAAGAUUAAGAGGUGCAUUUUAUUCAAUAAUACCAGGUAACUAUGAAAUUAUUUGGAGGUUAAAAGUUGUUAAAAUAUCAGAUAGUACUGAGAAAUGGGGUACACUAUCUCAUUGUUUUGCUAAUCCGGAUUUUGGUACACCAUGUUGUAAAACAUUUUAUUCACCUCGAAGAGGUAAAUCUAAAUGGCUUCCAGAAAUGGAAAAAAAAAACGGCUGGUGUUUACAAUCAAUUGGCACGUUUGUUGUUUUCGAAACAUCAACAGUCUAUUUUUCUAUAAGGUUACACAUGACACCUUAUUGGGCGUAUGCCAUUUAUUGUGAUUAUGUUGAACUCAAAGUAGUUGAGUAUAAUAAUUCAAAUUAUUUGUCGAAUAAUACAUGA